AUGCUGUACUCCACAGCGGAAGGACCACCCCGGGGGCCAGAGGUGUAUUCGAUGUUCAUCGAUAAGGGCAUGGCGGCUCACAUCAGCCACAACAGACUCAAGGCCAACGGCAUGGGCCAACACCACAACGCCCAGAACUACAGGAACCAGAGCUACGAGGACCUGCGAGAGUUCUGUAUGAGGAAGGGGGUGCUGUUCGAGGACCCCGUGUUUCCUGCCGAGCCCACUUCUCUGGGCUUCAAGGACCUGGGCCCCAACUCCAAAAACGUGCAGAACAUCUCCUGGCUGCGGCCCAGUGAAAUCACAAGCAAUCCUCACUUCAUUUUGAACGGGGUCAGCCCCACGGACAUCUGCCAGGGGGUGCUCGGGGACUGCUGGCUGCUGGCUGCCAUCGGCUCCCUUACCACGUGCCCCAAACUGCUGUACCGCGUGGUGCCCAAGGGGCAGAGCUUCAAGAAAAACUAUGCCGGCAUCUUCCGUUUUCAGAUUUGGCAGUUUGGGCAGUGGGUGGACGUGGUGGUGGAUGACCGGCUGCCCACAAAGAACGGCAAGCUGCUGUUCGUGCACUCGGGCGAGCGCUCUGAGUUCUGGAGUGCCCUCCUGGAGAAGGCGUACGCCAAGCUGAGCGGGUCCUACGAGGCGCUGGCGGGGGGCAACACGGUGGAGGGCUUUGAGGACUUCACCGGGGGCGUGACCCAGAGCUUCCAGCUGCAGCGGCCCCCGAAGAACCUGCUGAGGAUGCUCCGGAAGGCCAUCGACCGGUCCUCCCUCAUGGGCUGCUCCAUCGACAUCACCAGCGAUAGCGAGCUAGAGUCCGUGACCAUGAGGAUGCUGGUGAAGGGACACGCCUACUCGGUGACCGGCCUCCGGGAUGUCCCCUACCAAGGCAAAACGGAAACCCUCAUUCGGGUCCGGAACCCCUGGGGCCGCAUGGAGUGGAACGGAGCCUGGAGUGACAAUUCCAGGGAGUGGGAAGAGGUGCCCUCGAACAUUCAGAAGCAGCUGCUGCACAGGAUGGAGGAUGGGGAGUUCUGGAUGUCCUACCAAGACUUCUUGAAGAACUUCACCUGCCUGGAGAUCUGCAGCCUGAUGCCCGACGUGCUCCUGGGCGACUGCAAGAGCAGCUGGCACACCACCUUCUACGAGGGCAGCUGGCGGCGGGGCAGCACGGCGGGCGGCUGCAGGAACCACACCGACACGUUCUGGACCAACCCCCAGUUCCGGAUCUCUCUGCCCGAGGAGGACGACGACCUGGACGAGGACGAAGUGGUCUGCACCUGCCUGGUGGCCCUGAUGCAGAAGAACUGGCGGCAGGCGCGGCCCCAGGGCACCCCACUGCUCACCAUCGGCUUCGUCCUCUACAAGGUCCCACCGGAGUUGCAGGACACCCAGGAUAUUCACCUGAAGAAGGACUUCUUCCUGAAGUACCCGGACCAUGGCUUCUCAGAGGUCUUCACCAAUGCGCGGGAGGUGAGCAGCCACCUGCAGCUGCCCCCGGGGGAAUACAUCAUCAUCCCCUCCACCUUCGAGCAGCACAAGGACGCCGACUUCCUGCUCCGGGUCUUCACUGAGAAGCACAGCGAGUCCUGGGAAAUGGAUGAAGCCAACUAUGCCGAGAUACUCCAAGAGGAGGUCAUCUCUGAGAGUGAGAUAGACCCGGACUUCAAGCAUCUGUUUGAAAUCGUGUCAGGAGGAGAGGACAAGGAGAUAGGCAUGUAUGAGCUCCAAAGGCUGCUCAACAGGGUCAUCUCCAAACUCAGAAACUUCAAGAGCAACGGCUUCGGCGUGGAUGUGUGCCGCUGCAUGAUCAACAUCAUGGACAAAGAUGGCUCUGGCAAGCUAGGGCUUCGGGAGUUCCAUCUCCUGUGGAAAAAAAUCAAGAAAUGGACGGACAUCUUUGAAGAAUGCGACCAGGACAGCUCGGGCACCUUGAACUCCUAUGAGAUGCGCUUGGCGAUCGAGAAAGCAGGCAUCAAGGUGAACAACAGGGUGACGCAGGUGAUGGUGGCCAGGUAUGCCAACGACGACAUGCUCGUGGAUUUCGACAGCUUCAUCAGCUGUUUCCUGAGGCUGAAGGCCAUGUUCUCAUACUUUCUAACGAUGGACCCCAAGAAUACUGGCCACAUCAAUUUGAACCUGAACGAGUGGCUGCAGAUAACCAUGUGGGGAUAG